UAGACUCGUCUCAGACCGCUCUCUUCGAGCCAAAUAGAUAAGUAUUUUUCCUCUGACUCUUCUUUAUCCAGCGAUGGCGGAGGCAGUGAAGAUCACGCUGUAUUCCCACUGGCUGAGCUCAUGCUCGCAGCGAGUGCGUAUCGCCCUUAAUCUCAAAGGGUUGAACUAUGAGUACAAGACUGUAAAUGUUUUGAAUGGAAAGAUCUUUGAUCCAGAAUUUGAGAAGUUGAAUCCAGUCAAGUUUGUUCCGGCACUGGUAGAUGGGGAUUUUGGUAUUGCUGAUUCAUUUGCCAUAAUUUUGUAUUUAGAAGACAAAUACCCUCAGCAUCCCCUGCUUCCGCAAGACCUGAAAAAGAAAGCGCUCAACAUCCAGAUUGCAAGUAUUGUCACUUCAAGCAUUCAGCCACUCCAGAAUACCUGUGUGAUAAAAUAUAUCGAAGAAAAAAUUGAUUCUGAAGCAAAACUUGCAUGGGCGCAGCUAUAUAUCAACAAUGGAUUUGCAGCAAUUGAGAAACUGAUAAAGGAAACUGCUGGCAAAUACGCUACUGGAGAUGAGGUCUAUCUGGCUGAUUUAUUUUUGGCACCCCAAAUAUAUGGAGCAAUAUCACGUUUCCAAAUUGACAUGUCGCUUUACCCUACAUUAGCGAGAUUGAGCCAAGCAUAUGAUGAGCACCCUGCCUUUCAAGCUGCUCACCCACUUAAGCAGCCAGACGCACCAUUGCAAUCCUGAGGAAAGUUCUGUUGCUAAAUGAUAUCAGAUUGAGAUCAGGACUGAAAAUAAAGCUAUCGAUGGUCUGAUUUACUUCCUAAAACAAAAACUGUUUUGUAAGUUAAGAGAGGAUGUAUGCAUCAAGAAUUUGCACUCUUGUUGUAAAAUCUAAAUACUUGUCCGCAGUAGUCGUAGAAUGUGAAUUGCCUAUCGUUCUUCAACUGCACUACAAGUGUGAAUAGAUCUACGAACUGUUUAAAACCAUCAUAAACCACAUUUUAGUAUUUGUUUCUUGAGGUCACUUGCUUUUGAAA